AUGUGGCUCAGCCUCCGCACCUCCAACCCGACCCUCUCCGUCGAGAGCUUCUACGCCGCCGCCCUCAACGCCUCCGACGCCGCCGCCCGGGGCAACCGCACCGUGUUCCUCGACGUCAAGCUCGCCAACAGCAUGAAGGACAAGGGCGUCCACUACGCCAACACCACUUUAACCCUAUCAUUCUACCGCCGCCGCCGCAACUCUUCUUCUUCCUCCUCCGAUGAUGGUUUGAUCGCCGUCGGCGACUACGCGUGGCCGGGGUUCCACCAGGGCCACAAGAAGAGCACGCGCCGCCGCGCCCUGGUGGGCGCGGCGGGGGUGCCGUGGGCCGAGGCCCGGGACGCGGUCGCGGGCGGGGAGGGGGUGGGGUUUCGGGUGAGGGUGGCGACGAGGGUCAAGUUCAAGAUUAUGUUUUGGUAUACUAAGAGGCAUAGGCUGGAGGUUGCCGGAGAUGUUCAAGUCGACGCCACCGGUGGGAAGGUAGGCAAGAAGGGUGUGAAGCUUAAGUCAGCGGCGGGGCUGGGUGGCGGUGGUGCCCGUGGUUGUUUUUGUUCAAGAUUUGUGGAAUGUGGUUUGUGA